AUGAGCAACACUCAAGCUGAGAAGUCCGUGGUUGGUGUGAUUAACACGUUUCACAAAUACACAGAACACAAUCUGAUCAGCAAGCCAGGAGUGAUGAAGAUGAUGACAGAGAAUUUCCCCAACUUCCUCAAAGCCUGUAAGAAAGGGGACACAGAUUACUUGGGCAACAUCUUUGAGAAAAAGGACCUGAACAGAGAUAAUAUGGUUGACUUUUCUGAGUUUCUAUCCUAGAUUGGGAACAUAGCCAUAAGCCUCCACAAACAGAGCCAUGGGGCAGCACCCUGCUGUGGAGGAAGCCAGUGA